CGCUCUGCAUCCCCUCCAGAGUCGCUGCUCCGCCGCUGCUUCCCGUCAGUCGAGUCGCUGCUCCGCCGGUGAAAGCCGGAGCCGGACAGGUGUGUGAGGAUGGCGGAGCCGCAGCAGCAGCAGCACUACCUGGAGCUCAGCGAGAACCCGGUCCAGUUCGAGCACGCGUCCAGCGUCAACAACGUCUUCUUCGACGAAGCUAACAAGCAGGUGUUUGCGGUGCGUUCAGGUGGAGCCACAGGUGUGGUGGUCAAAGGCCCGGAUGACAAGAGCAGCGUUGCGUUCAGGAUGGACGAUAAAGGAGAAGUGAAGUGCAUCAAGUUCUCUAUUGGGAAUAAGAUCCUGGCGGUGCAGAGAACCUCCAAGUCUGUGGAUUUCAUCAACUUCAUCCCCGACUACCCGCACACGGAGUUCACUCAGGAGUGUAAGACCAAGAACGCCAACGUUUUGGGAUUCUGUUGGACCAACUGGAACGAGAUCGUCUUCAUCACCGACCAGGGCAUCGAGUUCUACCAGGUGUUUCCGGACAAACGCAGCCUGAAGCUGCUGAAGAGUCAGAGCAUCAACGUGAACUGGUACCAGUACUGCCCGGAGACCGCCGUCAUCCUGCUGUCCACCACCGUGCAGGGAAACAUCCUGCAGCCCUUCGCCUUCAGAAACGGGACCAUGUCCAAGAUGUCCAAGUUUGAGAUCGAGCUGCCGGUCGUCCCCAAACCCGCCAAACUCAGCCUGUCGGAGAGAGACAUCGCCAUGGCAACCAUCUACGGUCAGCUGUACGUGAUGUAUCUGAAGCAUCACUCGAGAACAGCCAACAGCCCCAGUGCAGAGGUGGUUCUGUACCACCUGCCCAGGGAGGGAGCGUGUAAGAAGAGUCACGUGUUGAAGCUGAACACGACGGGGAAGUUUGCCCUCAACAUCGUGGACAACCUGGUGGUGGUCCAUCACCAGAGCUCUCAGACGUCUCUGAUCUUCGACAUCAAGCUGAAGGAACCCGACUGUGCCGUCAACACCCACCAGCCCGUCCUGCCUGCCAGGUCCAUACACCCCUACAGGAUACCACUGGCAGGUCCAGCCGUCGUCCCGUCUCAGCCUCCGGUGCCGUGUCAGCUCUACUCGUCCUCAUGGAGCGUCUUCCAGCCCGACAUCAUCAUCAGUGCCAGUGAAGGUUACCUGUGGUACCUGCAGGUGAAGCUGCCUCCAACAGUCAACCUGCUGCAGGACAAAGGAAAGCUGAUGGACUUCCUGCUGCGACGCAGAGACUGCAAGAUGGUCAUCCUGUCGGUCUGCUUGCAGAUUCUGGAGGGCGGCGAGAAGGGAAGUCUUCCAGUGGUGGCGACCGUCUUCGACAAGCUCAACCAGGUGUAUAAAGAAUACCUGGAGGCCGAGCAGAGCUACACCGUGGCGAUGGAGUCGGGACCGAGUCGAGGCAGCGCCGCCCAGAAACGGCCCGUCAGAACCCAGGCGGUCAUUGACCAGUCGGACAUGUACACUCACGUCCUGUCGUCGUUCACCGAGAGGAAGGGCGUCUCCCACAAGUUCGUCAUCGCCGUGCUGAUGGAGUACAUCCGCUCCCUGAACCAGCACCAGAUCACCGUCCAGCAUUACCUGUACGAGCUGGUGAUCAAGACGCUGGUGCAGCACAACCUCUUCUACAUGCUGCACCAGUUCCUGCAGUACCACGUCCUCAGCGACUCCAAGCCGCUGGCCUGUUUGCUCCUGUCUCUGGAGAGCACGUAUCCUCCUGCACACCAGCUCUCUCUGGACAUGCUGAAGCGUCUGUCGACGGCCAACGACGAGAUCGUGGAGGUUCUUCUGUCCAAGCAGCAGGUUCUGGGCGCGCUCAGAUUCAUCCGCAGCGUCGGCGGCCACGACAAUGUCUCGGCCCGUAAGUUCCUGGACGCGGCGCGUCAGACCGGAGACCAGAUGUUGUUCUACACAGUGUUCAGGUCGUUCCAGCAGCGGAACCAGCGGCUCAGAGGAAGUCCAGCCUUCAACCCCGGAGAACACUGUGAGGAACACGUGGUUCACUUCAAGCAGCUGUUUGGAGAACAGGCGCUGAUGAAGCCUUCCACCGUGUGAAGAACCGGGACCAGAGUUCCUCCGCGAGUCUCCCGACGACGACGAAGGACCACAAAACCCCCGCGUACGUUAACGUUCCAGCAGGGAAACAGGAAGUCGAGCAGUAAUCCACCGUUCACACCUCUGCUCGACUACAGAGCAGCAGCCAGCGAGCGUUUUCACCAGAACUUCAGCCGACAAACGGCGUUUAAAUCGGACUAAAGACUCAACAGCUGUUUGUUAGAAUCACAUCAGCAGAACAAACAUCACAGAGAUCAUUAAAGAGGAACUACGUCUGAUAAACAAGUUUCUCAUUUUGAUGAGAUUAGGAUUAAAGGAUGAAAAAACAUCAAACAUUUGGAGAUUAAGUCGCAGUGUUGUAAUAAAAUACUACAAAACAUCACAAGUUUUACUUUGAAGGAGCUGACAGGAAGACGUUUAUUAAAUGAAGCUAUUUAACUUGGAAGUAUGAAAAUGUCAGCGUUGAAUGUGUAAUGUUUAUAAAUCUUAUCAGAAUAUUAUGGGAAUAAAGUCUACAGUUGGCUCUCAGAAAGGCCUUCGGUGUUGGAGAGAUAAUUAGAAUAAAACCUAAAUUUUAGUCCUAAAACGUUGCGAUUUUAUUCUCCAGAUGUUUUUACCUGCUGGUCCUGAUGUUCUGUUUGUCAGCUUUGGUUUAAAAAAAUGCAAGUUGUCUGUGAAAUGAUGCAGACUUCAGUAAUCGGGAUGCUCAGGUGAGAUGCUUGUGGGCGGGGCCAUAUUGUGGGUGGGGCCAUAUGUGUUGUGGGCGGGGCCAGAGUCUGUUUGUCCGGAUACCUGCGUGAAUGUAAUGUUUAUUUUGUAAAACUGAGGUGACUUAUUGUGUUGAAACUGUUUUUAAAUAAAACUGCACUGAACUGUAUGAAGCUACAAAUAUUUUAAUGCUGGUAAAUGAAACUAAAAUGAAAUUAUAUUGCAUCUGUACAUAAUAAAAGAUUAAACUGCAGUUCUGUAGCAGUGA